CGCAUUCCUGCCUGAAGAACGGCGGCGCCCCGAGGGGGCCGUCAGACCAGGAGCGACACAGCUGCUGCGCUCUGCACGCUUUCGCCUGAGCGCUACGGACACAUUUUCAUUCCUUUUUGUACCACUGUUUUUUAAAGGGUUUAUUUUAUACAUAUAUAUAUAUACACACACAUAUAUAUACGCCCUUAUUUAUUCAGGUUUUUUUUGUUUUGCUGGCGCUUUAUAGUUAAGGUUUUUCCCUUGCAAGAAGCAGCAGCGAGAGAAGAGCAUCUCCUUAUUCCGAGGCUUCAGGAGGAAACCUCACUUGCAAGCUCUUGCGGAGAAGGCGCGGCCAGCCCCGCCGCCAAGGACAAAAGAGCAGAGCCGCCGUCCACCCCCGGCACCACCGCCGCCACCAUGAGCAGCGCCGAGAUGGGCAAGUUCAACAUAUCCCCCGACGAGGACAGCAGCAGCUACAGCUCCAACAGCAACGACUUCAGCUACCCCUACCCCACUAAGCCUGCCGCCAUGAAGAGCCACUAUGCGGAUAUUGAUCCAGAAAAUCAAAAUUUCUUGCUUGACUCCAAUGUUGGGAAGAAAAAGUAUGAAACACAAUAUCAUCCAGGUACGACUUCCUUUGGAAUGUCAGUAUUUAAUCUGAGCAAUGCUAUUGUGGGUAGUGGCAUCCUUGGUCUUUCUUUUGCCAUGGCUAACACUGGAAUUGCUCUUUUUAUAAUACUCCUGAUGUUUGUCUCAAUAUUUUCUUUGUAUUCUGUGCAUCUCCUUUUGAAGACAGCCAAUGAAGGAGGAUCUUUAUUGUAUGAACAGUUGGGAAUGAAGGCUUUUGGUAUGGCUGGAAAACUUGCUGCUUCUGGAUCAAUUACAAUGCAAAACAUUGGAGCUAUGUCAAGCUACCUCUUCAUAGUGAAAUAUGAGUUACCAUUGGUCAUCAAGACAUUUAUGAACAUCGAAGAGACUACAGGAGAGUGGUAUCUUAACGGUGACUAUUUAGUGCUGCUGGUGUCUGUCAUCCUCAUUCUUCCACUGUCCUUGCUGAAGAAUUUAGGAUAUUUGGGCUAUACCAGUGGCUUUUCUUUACUUUGCAUGGUCUUCUUCCUGAUCGUUGUAAUUUGGAAGAUGUUUCAGAUUCCUUGUCCUAUGGACAGCAACAUCGUAAACGUGACAUUAAUAAAUGCAACACUGGCACCUUUCGUACAUGAAAACAUAACAAGUGAUGAUAUGUGCAAGCCAAAAUAUUUCAUCUUCAAUUCACAGACUGUCUAUGCUGUCCCAAUCCUAACGUUUUCUUUUGUCUGCCAUCCUGCAAUUCUUCCUAUUUAUGAAGAACUAAAAAGCCGAAGCCGUAAAAGAAUGAUGAAUGUGUCCUAUGUAUCUUUUUUUGCCAUGUUCCUUAUGUAUUUAUUGGCUGCUCUCUUUGGAUACCUGACAUUUUAUGGAAAAGUUGAACCAGAACUGCUUCACACCUACUCUGCUUAUCUGGGUGCUGAUGUUCUUCUUCUAAUUGUGCGUCUCGCUGUCCUUAUGGCUGUAACCCUUACUGUACCUGUAGUUAUUUUCCCAAUCCGCAGUUCGAUUACCCAGCUGCUGUGGGCAGGGAAGGAAUUUAGAUGGUGGCGUCACUGUUCCAUUACAGUUGCUCUUCUGGCUUUUACCAAUGUGCUUGUUAUAUUUGUCCCUACUAUUCGAGACAUCUUUGGAUUCAUUGGUGCAUCUGCAGCUGCCAUGCUGAUCUUUAUACUUCCUUCUGCCUUCUAUAUCAAAUUAGUGAAGAAGGAACCAAUGAAGUCAGUGCAAAAGAUUGGGGCUGCAUUCUUCUUUCUAAGUGGUAUACUUGUGAUGACUGGCUGCAUGACACUGAUUAUUCUAGACUGGACCCAGAAUGUUGCAUCUAAUGGCCAUUAACUGUCCUGGUUUAAUCUCUUAAUACUCCACUUCAAAUGCCAGUGUUCACUCAGAUACCUACUGAGAAUGAAAAUGAGCUAUUCAGCUUCCUUUAAAAUGCAGAUUCUUUGUUGAUGGUUCUUCUGAUUGUAGAAUACUUGAACUCUGUCUUUAAGAAACUAUUCUGCAUGAUGGAAGUGGAUAUUGACAUCAAACCACGUGAGUGUCUGGCUGAAGGAAGUGACAACUUUAUUCCAUUCCAGAGAAUGGACACAACUCUCUGUAGACUUUUAUCAAGCCAUGUUUGGCUUCUGUCAUUGUUACUUGGAUAUUUUGUUAUUUUACUUGAAUGUGCCUAAUGGAACCAUUUGAUGUGAGACAAAACUUUAAUUUACAGCAAAGUGUUUAAAUACCAAUGAGAGAGAGAGAGAAACACUAUUAUUUUUUGUACCAAAAAUUCUUACGGACCUCAAAAGCACUAUUUUGACUUUAAGAAACAUUUUUCUAAAAAGUAUGAAAGAAUUACACAGAAGAGCUCAUAAAAAUAUUUAAUCAUUGUCCUAAAUUAAAUCUAAUUUACCUUUAUGUAGAGGCAUAAUUAGAAGAAAAUUUAUUUUAAAAAAAUACCUCUAAUGACCAAAACAUAAAAUGAACCAAUUCCAAGUCAAAAUUCUCUUAAUUAUAAAUGCUUCCCAUGAAAUUCACUUGGUUCAAAGUCAAGUGAAAAUAAUCCUGAAAAUAAUUUACCUGUUUAUUUAAGUAACCACAGUUACUGUAGUAUCCAAAAAUGGUGUGGAAACCCAAAUUUUCAAGCUUUAAAGAAAACACCUUUUAGAACUGGUGUGUUUGACAUAAACAGUUAAUCUAAACAUUGUAAAGGUGGUGGUAACAUUUCCUUCUUGAGGUACUCAAUAGUGCAAUUGAGUAAACAGGGUUUGGGGGUUUCUGCUUUUUUGUUGGGUUUUGGGUGGGGUUUAUUUUUGUUGUUUGGGAUUUUUUUUUGUUACUUUUUUUCCCCCUCCUGUUGUAGAUACAAACUGAAUGGCACUGAAGCAUAUGAUGCCAAUAAUAUAAACUCCAUCCUGGAGUUCUCUUUACUGAUAAGGUCCAUUGUCAGUUGUAGCAAUAUUUGUUGCGUUGGUUUUGGGUUGGUUUUUGGGGUUUUUUUUGUCCAAUCUAUCUUGAAACACUCUGUAGGAAACCAGAAAGGUCCUAAUGUAGUUUACUAGUUGUAUGAUAUUCAAAAAUUGUACAGUAUUUCUUCAAUUACUCAUCCAUUUUUGGAUUUUGAAUUACUUGACUAUUCUGUUUCUGAGUCAAAUACACAAACCAACAGCACCGGUAUUUCAUGCUUGGUACAAACUCUCUUCACGUAUGCAACUGGGAUUCCUCUUCCAAUUUAUACUGUAUAGUAGUAUUAAAGAUAACCUCAUAGGCUGGAUAGUCAUCUCAUACUUGUUUGCUUCAGAAAUAGGUAAGUUUUCUUAUGAGCCCUAGCUAGCUGAUGAAGCAGGUGCUGUAUGAUUGUGAUUAGCUGUUUUUGUUUCUAGUGCAUGUUUACUCUUUCAUUCUUAUCCCAGGUUGAAGAGAAUUAACACUCAUAUAACAGUGUACUUGGCUUAUAAGAGGUUCUCAAAUACCACAAUACUGAGUACAAAAGCCUAGAUAGAGAUUACUAAAGAAAUAAUCAUGGCAAUGUGGUCAGCUGUUCUUAUCUGACAUGAUGCAUUCAAAAUCUGAUAGACAAAGUUCCACUUGGUCAUUGUGUCAGAAGGAACAAAUAGGGGCCUGUAAUUAAUUGAUUAAACAGUGCCUGAGAUUUUUUUAAAUUAUUAUUUUGUAGAAUUAAUCAGGAACAAAUCUAGAUAAUGGUCACUCCUUGGCAGAAAAUGUCAAUCUCUGCCCAGCCAUUUAAAAUCUAUGAAAAAAGUGCAGGUAUUUUGUACUGAUGCUUCUGCAUGACUGUAAGUACUGGUCACUAGGCCUGUAGUGUAAAACUGUAAUGAGAAGUUAGAUUCCUCUUGUGUUGUUUAUAUUGUUAGUUCAGUGGUACUCAACUGGCAAUUUAACGAUCCUGGAGUCAGCACUGAUGAACACCUCUUAGGUACUUCUCUGCCUCAGGUACUGUACAUCCAUGGCUAACUAUCCCAUGUUACCUGAUCUCCACAGAAGUGCUGAGUGUGUGCCUUCUCAGUACUUUGGCAGCUUUUCUUCUUCCUCACCAGAAGUGUAAAAAGGUGGAAGAGGAUUAAAAUGUUGUCUACCUUUGAGCAAUUUGUAGCACAUAAGGGAUGAAGCAUUUCCCUUGCCAGUAUUUAAAAUGAAAGGAAGUGAGAAUCAGCCUCCUUUCCUGCAGAAACCAUACAAGAGGAAGGAGGUAUGAAUGAGAAGUUACUACACACUCCUCAGCAGCCAGAGAGGAGCAACAUAUUUGUGAUGACGCCUCAUAAUGUACCAUACAUGUCACUUAAUUCUCUGAAUGUAGCAAUUUCCAGAUUUUACAUUAUGUGUCUUGAUGACUGAUUCUCCACCUGCAACAGUUGAGUUCCACUUGGCUGGGUUGAUUUCCAACAUUUGUUUGGGUUUUUUUUUUUCCAAAACCUGUCUGUGAAGUUACCAACAUGACAAACCACCCAAAAGAGCAGCUUCAGUAUUAAACCACUGUUUUGUCACCUCAGUUAGACAUCACUGUCUUCCAUGAUAUUUCAGUCAUAAAUGUAACAUGUUAUUUAUAAAACAUUAAUCCAUUAAAACUAAACCUAUUUUUCAAUAUUUAUGAUAGUCUAUGUACAUAAAUUGUAUGUGUGUAUAUACUGUAAGUAUAAUGUAUAUAAUGUAGGUUUGGAAUCCAGGAUUUAUGUAUAUAUUCCUCUCUCGUUACUGAUUGUUACAUCAUUUCAAGGAGUGGUUCAUGUUGUACAUCUGUGUUACAACUGUCAAAGGAAAGGUUCUUCUGCAGCAAAGAUGUAACGCUUACAAAGAUGGAAGAAAUGUGUUACACCUAAGGUGUGUUUAAAAAAAAAGAAAGCUAAGAUUGUAUUUAUUACAAAUGUAUAUGUUGCAAUAAACACAGGAGUCACUUGGGUCCAUAAAAAGCAUCAUUCAGGUUCAUGUAAUACCUUCCUUCUAAAAUUUACUGUGGAUGUUGCGAUAUCCUGACUGGCAACUUAACAACUUCUGCCAUCUGACGUAUUUGUUAGGCCACCAAAUAUGGACAUCCUGGGGUAGCUCUGUGUACAUAUGUAAAUACUCACUGUAUGGAUUGAGGCCAACAGUCUGGCUACAGUUGUUGGCAAGGAGUGCAACACAGUUUCAAUGAAACAUUGUAUGUUUUAACUGAAAUAAAUAGAUAAUCCUAAA